AUGGCAGGUGUAGUAGCCAAGCGAGAGGGGCCACAGUUCAUCAGUGAAGUGGCGGUGAGGGGCAACGCCGCCGUGCUGGACUACUGCCGCACCUCCGUGUCGGCGCUGUCGGGAGCGACCGCCGGCAUCCUGGGCCUGACGGGACUGUACGGCUUCAUUUUUUACUUUUUGUCCUCGUUCCUCCUGUCUUUGCUGCUUAUCCUCAAGGCUGGACGUCGAUGGAACAAGUGCUUUAAAUCCAGACGGCUGCUUUUCACCGGUGGUCUGGUCGGAGGUCUUUUCACCUACGUCCUCUUCUGGACUUUCCUAUACGGAAUGGUGCACGUAUAUUAA